UGUGAGUGUGUGUGUGUGUGUGUGUGUGAAUAUAUAUAUAUCUGUAGAGGUCUGUCAUUAAGUACAUUCUGGUAGAAGCAUUGAAAGGAAGGAAGGAAGACCAGGUUAAAGGGGACCAGCUCUGAGAUCACCAUGCAUGGAAUUACUCCUGUUCUGAUCCUGGUGGUGUUGAGUUUAAGCUGGUCAGACGCUCACCGGAGGCAGAAGCGAGCCUGGAUCAUCGACUCCUUUAGUAUCGUGGAGGAGCAGCCAGGCCCAUACCCAUAUGCACUGGGACGGAUUCACGUGGAUCGUACAUACAGAGUGGAAUUUAAUCUCCAAGGCAGCGGCGUUGAUCAAGAUCCAGUAGGCCUUCUGACCAUGGACCCCGAGACUGGCAUGGUGAUGGUUAAUGGGAAAAUCGACUACGAGCAGUAUAAACUCCUGAAGUUAUCAUUUGUAGCAAAGAAUUCAUCAAACAACAAAAUCGACACCCAACUUGGAGUUGAGAUUAAAGUUCUGGACAUAAACGACCACGCCCCUCGCUUUCAAAAGGAAGUCUAUGAGACAACGAUAUCAGAGUCAGCAACACAGGGAACCUAUGUGAUUACUGUGCUUGCACGAGAUGAUGAUGAACCUGGCACAGUCAAUUCAACCUUUGACUAUAGAAUCACAGCUGUAAAACCAAAUACGCCAAAUGUUGAGUUCUUCAUGAACGAAAAUGGAGCAAUAUCGUUUAAAGGAUGCUUGGACUAUGAAGUAGCACCAGAAUACAUCAUUUCAGUCGAGGCAAAAGACCACGGCCCUGUGAGCCUGUCUGGCUCUACAACGGUCAUAGUCCAUGUUGCCGAUGGCAAUAAUCACCUGCCCGUCAUCACCGGCCACUCUGGAACUGGCCUGGUGAAAGAGGGAGAGAUUGGGAUCUCUCCUAUUCACAUCCAUGUCACUGACAAAGACACCCAGGACAGUCCAGGGUGGAGAGUUAGAUACAUGCUACAAGGGGAGAUGAGUGAGUUUUUCCGGGUCGACACAAACCCAGAAACCAACGAUGGCAUUCUGACACUACUCAAGCCUCUAGACUUUGAAGGCGGUGCAAAGAGGACCAUCGCUGUUUCUGUGAAGAAUGAGGAAGAAUACUUUUCCUGCACAGUGGAAGAGAAGACGACGGUUGGACUCUGGAAAGUGGACACCAGUCUGGAAACGCAAUCAAUGACAAACACCUACUCCCGCCAAGAGUUCACCGUUACGGUGGAGGAUGUCAAUGAUCCACCCAUAUUCCUCAUUCCAGAAAAAGAUGCUGUGGUCACAGAAAACGAAGGCAUCGGGCAGCUAGUUGAACAAUUCACUGCGGUUGAUCCUGACACGACCUUCACAAGUGACUUUGAGUACAGGAUAGGACAUGACCCAGCAAACUGGGUGAGAGUUGAUUCACAAAAUGGACAGAUAUUCUUAGCAGACACACCUGACAGAGAGUCCUUGCAUGUUGUUAACAACAUUUACACAGUCACAAUCUUAGCAGUGGAUAAUGGAGAUCCACCCAUGACUGGUACAGCCACUCUUAACAUCAACGUGCAGGACCAGAAUGACAACUCACCCGUACUGAAUGCCACCUCCAUCGGCAUAUGUGCCACAGAGGGAACCACAGAGGCUGAGAUCUCGGCCCAUGACUCGGAUGGGGAUCCGUAUGGAGGACCAUUCACAUUCAAACUUCUUGAGGACCACAAGGGAUGGUCCCUUGACCCUGCGUAUGGCAUGUCUGUAAGUCUGAAGAAAGAGGGUGUAGUGUUUGUUGGUCAGCACACAUUGAUGCUGAAGAUAUCAGACAAGCAGGGCCAGUUCUCCAUUCAGAACAUCUCAGUCACCGUGUGUGACUGCUCCCUCUCAACCAACUGCCUGCUACGCAGGACGAGCGUCCACACCACGGCAGGAGGAGCCGCUGGCAUCAUAUUGCUGGCACUGUUCCUACUCCUGGGCAUUUUGCUAAUGGCUCUUUAUAUGUCAUGUGGGACUGAGAAACCAGUGUUUGAUGUUCAACAUGGCCCUGGAGAUUCCUUGCUACCAUCCAACAUUGAAAUGCCAGGCAUUGACUGUGAGCUCCCUAGCAAACUGGAUUUCAGGGAUCAGACACUUAAACAAGAUAAGGGUGCAAUUCAGCACUUCAGUAACAACCAGCAGAUUCUGUACAAGAGUUCCUUUGACAUCUAUGGCGCCACACACAGAUAUCAACACACUGGGGAAUAUAGUAAAAAUCACCAGGUCAAGAGUCUUUAUGGUGCUGGAAGCCUGUAUCAUAGUGUGGAUGCCCUUACGCACAAUGACCAGCUACAGUACUCUCAACACCAAAAUGGAUACUACCUAAGUCAAAAUGUAAACUACCAACAUCAAAAUGAAUACUACCAACAUAAAAAUGAAUACUACCAACAUCAAAAUGGAUACUACCAACAUCAAAAUGGAUACUACAAGGAAAUGAUGACAACACAGAGAAGAGGCAUGACACUAGAAGCGUUCAUCACUGGAGAUCGAGCCGCCUUGAAGUCUCUGCUUGAAACGAGAUUGUCCUCGAUCCAGACACCCAAAGAGGAGCUGUGUGAUUAUGAGCCUCACGAAUACGCUUACGAGGAUGAAUCAGAGACGCUUCCUGAUCUGGACCCCAUUCCCAUCCUAGAACCCAGAUUUGACCCUGACCAGCUGUUGGAUUUGGGCCCAAUCUUUUCCACACUAGCUUCAAUAUGUGAACCUCUGCCAGAGAACAGUUCAUUUGAGGAUUAAUACUCCCACUGUAUGUUUCAUUCCUGAACUGAAGGUCCUACUCAAUCAGUGUGGGUAAACUAAGAGGACACUCUCCUCCAAGAAACCCCACAACAUUGAACAUAAAACCUCAUUAAACAAAUAACCUGCUUAAUAUGAACAACUUGAACAUAUUGGAUAGGCUAAUUCCCUCUCCGGACAAUUGCACUCAUUGAUGCACUAGACUAGGGAUACCUUUUUAAAAUUUAAUUUACUAUAUUUUUCCGCUUUCUAUUUUCUUCACUCUCUCUAUCUUUUAAAUUUGCCUAGAAUUGUUGUGAGAAUUGCUUUAAAAAGCUUAAAAUGUUUACCAUGUUGUAAGUCACUUUGGUUAAAAAGCGCAGCCAAAUGUAAUGUAAUGUAUGUUUGUAGCCUAAUUGAUAUGUGCCCUCAGGACUGGGGUUUUAUCCCUAAAACCCCACAAACUUAAACUAACUUCAGGUUUUAGUGUCAUUUCUUGGAUUGUGUGUGUGUGUGUGUGUGUGUGUGUGUGUGUGUAUUUUUAGUGUAUGAGGGUAAAAUGGUUGGUGUUGCCCUUUGUGCCUGGAAAUGUGCUGUGUAGGCUAUAAAUAACCUUUACUUACCCUACAAGUCUCACACAGACACAGUCAAUAAUAGAUUGCAUUGCUGUUGUACCUUUUGGUCUGAAGAUGCGGCGGUAGAUCCUGAUUCCUGGUAGGCCUAUAGGCGUAUUUGGGAAAUGUCUCAGAGGACAGUCAUUUCCAGUAACAUUAGGCUACAUUUAUCAGACACAAUGAGCCUAUAGGCAGAUAGCCUAUUGUAUGUUGUCUUAGCCCAGAUUGCCUAAGUUUAGGCCUACUCAUUUUCAUGAUUCGAGUUGCA